AUGGAGAAAUUCGAGUUGAAAACUGCUGUAUCCUUAUUGUCGGUUAUGACAGGUGAAGAAGAAGCGGCCCGUGAUUACACUUCGCUUAAGGACACUAUAAGAGCUGCGAAAGAGGAAGAAUUAUCUUGUAUACGACCAGAGACGGAAGGAGCAGUGUACUUCGGACAGCGGUCAAGAGGAAGCAAAACUAACCUUGAAGAUGACCUAAGAGGCGGACGCCCGGAAACAGCAGUUACUGCAGAAAAUGUGUGGACAUCUGAAAUGUUGGUGCGAGAAGAUCCACGAAUCACGUACACCAACAUUGAGAAGAUCCUAGGCAUUAGUUCGGGGAGCGUCAAUACUAUCCUGCAUCAACAUCUUGGAGUGAGGAAGCUUUGUUGUCGAUGGAUCCCACGAUUGCUCUCCGGUACUGAAAAACAGGCUCGAGUGGAUUGGUGCCGAGAAAUGCUUAUACGUUUCGAAAACGGGACAUCGAGACGUGUUUCAGAAAUCGUUACUGGUGAUGAAACAUGGAUCUAUCAAUAUGAUCCAGAAAGCAAGAAGUAG